CUCUGUACGGAUAUCCUAAUGGAGGGAUAGAUUCCGUAGUGCCUAUAGCAGAUAUGUUUGGAUACAACUAUAGACUCAAAUAUACUAUUACAUUCUUUUAUUUAAAACUGGGUCAAUCACGAGCCAGUCAGGGUUGAGUGCGCAGGCGCAGCUUGUAUACUGUCAGAAGCAGUGUCAUAGCAACCAGAGCAGACAUCAGUCGUCAACAUGGCCAAAGCAACGACUGUGAAAGAAGCCCUGGCUAAGUGGGAGGAAAAGACAGGGGAGAAAGCGAGUGAGGCUAAAGCCAUAAAGCUGUAUGGUCAGAUUCCUCCUAUUGAGAAGUUGGACGCUUCGCUCUCCACACUCACCAACUGCGAGAAGCUGUCCCUGUCCACGAACUGCAUUGAGAAAAUAACAAAUCUCAAUGGCUUGAAGAACUUGAAGAUAUUGUCAUUGGGGAGAAACAAUAUAAAGGCAUUAACGGGGCUGGAAGCAGUAGGUGACACUUUAGAAGAGUUAUGGAUCUCUUAUAACUUGAUAGAGAAACUGAAGGGAGCCCACUGCAUGAAGAACUUAAAAGUCCUCUACAUGUCCAACAACCUGGUCAAAGAUUGGGCGGAGUUUGUGAGACUGGCUGACCUGCCAUGCCUGGAGGACCUGGUGUUUGUUGGAAAUCCUCUGGAGGACAAGUAUUCAGUGGAGGGAACGUGGAUGGAUGAAGCCAGUAAAAGACUUCCUAAUCUGAAGAAACUAGAUGGGACGCCAGUCAUCAAAGAUGUGGAUGAAGGAGAUGGAGAGAGCUGAGAACUAUCCGCUUAAUUCCAACCUCCUUUCCUCCUUUUCCCAUUUUUUAAGUUUUGUAUGGUUUGUCAGGAUGUUUUUCCAUUUAUAAAGUUUUUUUGUUUUUUACAACAGAAUGGACUUGUAGUAGAUUAACAAGCACAAAAUAAGGUUAGGCUGACGAUACAGGGCUUGUGGGUUUGCAACCUGAAUGCAGUUUUCAUGUGUCAUUAGCGAGAAUUGUGUGAAUUUUCAAGGAUCGCUAAUGCAUUAGAUUUUUUAUUUUAUUUUAAUUUUUUCUACUGUAGAUGAUAUAAAAGCAGACAUGAAUUGUUCUUGUUAACUUACACUACACUACCAUCUGUGGACCAGUCAGGUAGUCAGUGUUUUAGAGUGUAAAACAUAUGUGACUCUCUGCAUCUUUCUUUCAAGAGCUAAAGCACAGUGACCUAGGUAUAUAAAUAUCAAACAUUGCUGUCUCUCCAUAACAUCUCCAUGGAGAGAGGCCCAGAUGAAUAUUAAUGGAAUUAUACUACAUUAACAUUAAAUUGGACCAAACUGUGGAACUACUAAUGGUUACAAAACACAUACAUAUGUAUGUGGAGUGCUUCCUACUUACCAGGUAAUUAAACACAACUCUUUUUCAGGAAUAAAAAAGUGACCUAGACUCAUAAUAAGCAGCUUUAAAAUAGGCAGUCAAGUUACAUUGAGCUCUUUCUUUCUAAGCACAUAAUCGAACACAUACUGAGAGCGAAAACUUCCAUGACCAAAACCCGUCUACAGCUCUCUUUGGUACUGUGAUGUGUGAGAUUUUCCUAUCUAUUUGAUACUGAGGUCAUAUACUUCCUGAAAGAUCAAAUUUCAUCACAUUCAGAUUUAUUUUAAGGGAAGAGAACAGUCCAGUUUUCCUGUCAGCUUGAUUGUGGAGCUAAGGUUUCCUCAACUAACUAAUGUCUGUGUAAACUGAUUUUUGUGUUUUAACUUAUUUUGGGCAAGUUUGUACAUGCAACUGUUGGAUGUUUAUGAUUUUUAAUCAUUUUUAUAUUUUGAAUAAAUACUAUUGUUGUAACAUA